AUGGGAGAAUUAAGACAAACUAAUCAGGAGCUCCAUGAGGAAAUAUCACGUUUAGCCCAAUCAAAUAGGAGCAUAGAACAACGAGUAUAUACUUUAGAAAGGGCUAUUGCUAUACGUGAAGAAAGAAUCCGAUUUCUUGAAGAGGAACUAGAAAAUACUAUCGAACUUUCUAAUAAAGAAAAAGAUGAAAUGAUGAAAGAAAUCAUAAAUUUAAAAAGAAUUGUUCGACAACUUGAAAAAGAAAAUAAACAAAAAGAUGAAGAAAUAUCUAUUAAGGAUAAGUUAAUAACGGAAUUUGAUGAAUGUGAAAAAAAAUUAAAAAUCAGAAUUCGAGAAAUAUCCAAAUCAGCAGGUAAUACCCCCAAGGCAUUGAAUUAUACAUCAAAAUUAGUAGAUGAAAAUGAGCGUCUUAAGCGUGAAAUAAUACAUUGUCAAAAUUUUGCAUUAGCAUUAUUAAGAUAUCGGGAUAAAUUAGAACUUAUAAAUACUCAAGAAGCUUUACAAAAUUCACAAAUAUGGAAUUCUAAUGUUAUAAUAUCUGAAAAUGAAUCCGAUGAAAAUUCACAAGACAGUAAUAUAUCAGAAGAAAUGUCAACAAUAGUCGAGUUAGCCGAUACUAUAGAUGGAUAUUUGGAUAAUCCAGGAACAAAUAGAGAGAUUUUAUCUAAUCAAAUAAAAAGGGUCACAAGACAAAUACGCCGUAAAAACAAUAAUCUACAAAAUGUUGAAGCGGAACGAGAUUUAUCUAUCCAAGCUUUCAAUAAUGAACAAGAAGAGCGACGUCGCUG